AUGAAGCUCCCUUGGAGUAAAAUUAUCAACGUCACAACAGAUGGAUCUCCUAAUUUGACGGGGAAAAAUGUCGGUCUGCUUAGGAGAAUACAGAAUAAAGUGAAAGAUGAAAAUCCUGACCAGGAUGUUAUUUUCCUUCACUGCAUCAUCCACCAGGAAUCUCUAUGUAAAUCGGUAUUACAGCUGAAUCAUGUUGUGAAUCCUGUCGUAAAACUUGUCAACUUUAUACGUGCAAGGGGACUUCAGCACCGUCAGUUCAUCACGUUCCUGGAGGAAACUGAUGCGGAUCACCAGGACCUACUUUAUCACUCCCGUGUCCGCUGGUUAAGUUUGGGCAAAGUGUUUCAACGAGUAUGGGAGCUCAAAGAGGAGAUCGGUGCAUUUUUGGAGUUACUGAGGAAGGCCGGCGAAUUUCCUGAGCUGAGCAAUAAGAGCUGGCUUUGUGACUUUGCGUUUGCUGUGGAUAUAUUUUCACACAUGAAUGAACUGAACGUGAAGCUACAGGGGAAGGAUCAGUUUGUGCAUGACAUGUACACAAACGUGAAAGCCUUUAAAUCCAAGCUGGCUUUUUUCUCCAGGCAAAUUUCGAAUAAGUUAUUCACUCAUUUUCCCACACUAGCCACCACUGAUGUGGCAGUACUGUCUCAGCCCUGCUCAACCGAUCUGAAACAGCAAGAGAUCAAAUGGCAUGCACUUUAUCUGCCGAGGGAGUUUUCCAUCAUCAUCCUGAUGGUGGUGUACAUUCCACUUCCGGCCAAUGUCAGGCAGGCACUGGAGGUAAUCGGCAGGGACAAAACUGUGCACUCUGCUGUCUUCCCCAUCAUUGCAGGAGAUUUCAACCAGGUCAGCUUGAAGAAGUCUCUGAACAACUACCAACAACAUAUCACCUAUGGAACCAGAGGAGCCAACACGCAUGACUACUGUAACGGCACAAUCAAGAAUGCUUACGGUGCCAUCCAAUGCCCACAUUUUGGGAAAUCUGAUCACCUGGCUGUACUGUUACUCCCAGCGUGUAGGCAGAGAUCAAAGACUGCAGUAUCAAUGGUAAAGACCAAGAAGGUAUGGCCAAGGAAAAUAGAGGAGCACUUACAGGACUGA